UUACUCUUCCCUCACUUUCUGUAGUCCUCUGAUCUUUCUGUAUUACCUAGACUCAGAAAAGCGCUGCCGCCAUGGCCGAUGAACUUCUAGGGUGCUGGAAGCUGGUUUGUUCUGAACAGUUUGAGGAAUACAUGAAAGAUAUUGGUGUAGGUUUUCCCACCAGGAAGAUUGCAAUUGGUUUGAAACCUGAUGUGAUAAUCAGUAAUGACGGAAAUAAGUGGAAUAUAAAAACAGAGAGUACCUUUAAGAACACAGAUUUGGGCUUUGUACUAAAUGAACCGUUUGAAGAAACCACAGCAGAUGGCAGGAAAUGCAAGACUACCAUUACACUAGACGGUAAUAAAUUGAUACAACACCAGAAGUGGGAUGAGAAGGGGGAAGAAAAGGAAUCCACAAUAACACGAGAAGUACAAAAAGAUCAAAUGAUAACGAUAUGCAUAUUUGGUGAUACGAAGUGCCGUCGGGUCUAUGACAGAAAAUGAAGCUUCAGUCUUUAUACACAUUAAUAUGUUGUGCUAUUAAUGUAUAAGUUUAGCUCAAUGAGCAGCCUCUUAAGUGAUACAUGCUAUUAAACACCUUUUGUAAUAUCUACGCAAAAAGUAAAAGGUUUGCGGAAAUCCUCUA